GGCGUCGUCAUGUCUCCAUCAACGGCGGGAUGUGUGACUCCCCAGUCCCAUGCGGGCACUCCGCUGGUGGGCACACCUGCCCCAACGUCCCCCCUUCACUCCGCGGGGUCCGCGGGGUUUGCCACCCCUUGUGGAGUUGAUUCCGCAGCCAGGGUCACUGCGCCGAUGUCCCCUUCGGCGCCCCCCAUCAUGGAUGUCGCGGCUAUUCCCCAUGCAGGAGUGGGGGAUUGUAAUUCCGCCGAUACCUCCAGAGGGUGGACCUGUCCUCCGCUUGACCCCUCGCCACGCCCUGACAGGGGAAUAGUCCCAGGUUUCACUGGCUCUCCUCAGGGGCUGGCACUGGUGGCUUCGCCACCGGCCGCAGCAGCACCAGCUAGUCCUCACAAAGGGAUUACAAAAUCUCUUUCAGGAGUGGGGCUGAGCACAGCAGCCAGCGCCGAGCACAGUGGAAGGGGAAACACAGGCUGCUCAGGACCUCUGGAUCUUCCACAGUCACUCCAGACAACCGGCUCACAUCCCAUUCUCCCAAGUUAUUCCAGUGGUCAAGAAACUACUUGGCAAAGGGUUAUUGCCUAUGAGGCCUGUGCGAGGAUGUGUCUGCUGGCGGCAAGUAAGGGAUCUAGUGAAGCUCAACAGUUUCUUCAUGAAGGUUGUCUUCAGCUCCGCACAUGUUUUGGCUUGACUCAGGUUCUCCUCCAGCCCAACCAGGGAGCAAUGAAGGACAGCAUCAAUGCACGCGAAGACACUACCGAGAGCACUGCACAAUCGAAGAGAAGUGUUGGCAUUUUGAAAGUUCAAGUGAGGAGGGUGAGGACGGCCGAAAAACCACGCCAACCGUCACCCAAGAGUAGUCGCAGGUAUGUGGAGGCAGGAGCACAGUACAUGAAGCAGGUGUCUGGACGCUUCUUUGACCGAGUGACGGGUCACAAGGUCCUUCAAGAGGGCCCUCAGGAGGGCUUCUAUUGCCUUUUGAGACUCAAGAGUGGGACACUCGAUGAAUCUAUUCGGAUUCAGCCUGGCACAGGGGAAACUAUCACAAUGCACCCUGAGAGUGCAGGGGAUGAUCUAAUGUUGGACGUCUUUGACACAAAAGGAUGGAAGGGGAAGCUAGCUGUUCCGUUGUCUGCGAUUGAUGAUGAACAUGAAUUCGUUCCAUGUGUAUGGUGCCACGGGUCCUGGCCGCAGAGAGAACGUCCAAGAUGGGUUCCUUUCUAUCAGGAAAAUGAACAAGAGUGUGCAGGGAAAGUACAGCUUCUUCUAACUUACACUAUAAAUGGAAGAGAGGGAGGCCAUGCAAAGUAUACUCAAGUUGGGGAGACCCUUGCAUACGACGUGGUUCUGGAGACUGCGCUGAAGGUCAUUGGUUUCGAUAAGAGAAAUCUUCGGCUGAGUGGGCCAUGGAAGUGGCUGCUUGAGGAGUUCCUCCGCACUUAUGCCAUUAGUGAACACUAUGCGGCACUAAGGUACCUCACUCACAUCAUGGAUAUUGCAAUUCCGACACAGGAUUGCUUGGAGUUGAUCUACGCAUUGUUAUUGCCAAUAGUUAAGGCUCGACAAGAGGACGCGCUUUCCAGGCAAGAGAGGAGAAUACUUGCAGAUGUACAGGAGCAUAUUAAUCAAUUGCUGGCUUUCACAUUCGAGAACUACAAGUCUCUUGACGAAGCAUCGCCUACUGGAGUUUCCGAUGCAUUCAUGUUGAUGCCUGGGAAGCUCUCUGUUCAGAUGUCAGCUGCUCCCGCCCUCAUUCCAGCAUUGCAGGUGUAUAAACUAUUCAAUGACAUAUUGUCACCGGAGGCACAGAACACUCUUCGGGGUUACUUUCAGACUGCAGCAAAGAAGCGCUGUCGGAGGUAUCUUUCAGAAUCAGACGAGUUUGUUGUUAUGGGUGCAGAAGGCAUAGAGGACAGGGUGACCUCGGUGGUUGCAGCAUAUGCCAAGAUGAGGCUGGUAUGCCAACAGCUUUCAAGUGAAAUACGGAAUGAUAUCAAAAUUCAUCGACAGGGAAUAUUGCCCAGCUCUAUCGAUCUUCCCACUCUUGUUGCUGAGAUCUACAACGUGGAUCUAGGCAACCGACUCAGGGCGUUCCUGAAGGCAUGCCCUCCAAGCAGUCCAAGUCAUCCGGUGGUGGACCUUCUGCAUGCAACUGCAGAUUUUCAGCGGGAUCUUGAAACCUGGGGAGUCAGGUCUGCAGGUGGUGUCGAUGUGAUUGAGCUGUUUGGUGUGUAUAUAGAAGUGUGGAUCCAAGAUUCUCGCCUCAAGCUGCUUGAGAUUUGCAAAUCAGACAAGGCUAGGUGGAUGGCGGCCACAAUUCAGUCAGAGAGGCACUCCUCAUCCCCAUUUGUUGAGGACAUGUACCAGAAGAUCAAGGAGACUUUGUCGGAGUAUGAAAGUAUUAUGAGCCGCUGGCCAGAGUAUGUCACAGUGCUGGAAAAUGCCCUUUGUGAUGUUGAGAGAGGAAUAGUGGCCGCUCUAGAAAAGCAAUAUGCAGAAUAUUUGGCUCCUCUUGGUGAGGCAGCUGCCAUGCGCAAGUUCAAUCUUUCCCAGCUUCAUAUACUGGCAAGGAGGCGUGCAAGUGCUCGCUACGUUGUUCCUCGACAGCUUGGUGUUGUCCUAAACUCUAUCAAGAGAUUGCUUGAGACACUGAGGCCGAAGAUGGAGGCACAGAUGAAAGUGUGGGUUGCUUCUCUGCCAAGUGAGAUAUCUGCUGGGAAGGCAGUCUUUGGAGACCGAUUGAAUGAGGUCACUGUUGAACUGAGAGCAAAAUACAAGAGUCUGCUCUCAGCCAUCAUCGACAAGCAAGUUGAGAAUACGAGAGUUUCUAGGAGUACAAACUUGAAAAGAAUCUUGCAGGACAUGAGGGCAAAGGACCUGGAUGAUGUUGCGAAGCGUAUGCAGCCACUUGUGCAGCUGCUCGGUGAAACUAUCACAUCCAUCGAUCAAAUGCUGUCUAGCCGGGUGUUUGUUGCCAUAUGCCGUGGAUACUGGGACCGAAUGGCAAGGGAUGUUUUGGACUUCCUGGAGAACCGGAAAGAGAAUGUGUCGUGGAUCAAGAGCAGCUCAGCAGGAAUGGCCUUGGAGAUCCUGGACAAAGUGUUCACACAGCAUAUUCAGCGCCUUCAAGGACAUGCUCUUCAGGAGAAAGACCUUGAGCCACCACGGUCGGUGAUGGAAGCGCGUAGCAUGCUUGCUCGCGAUAUGCCGAAUGGUCUUAGCGAGUCCUAUUCUCUGUUCUGAAGAGUGAUUGCCGAACAUUUGUGGGCUCCAUUCCUUGGGUAAGCAGGAACAACCCAUGUACAAAUUUGCUGAUUAUGUAAGAGGACCUGGGAUGAAGCUGUGGCAGAUUGUUGGUCCCCCAGCCACUAUCUUCGUUCUCCCUUGGCAUCUUCUUCAGCACAAGGUGCUACAUAGUGAGCUUGUCUGCAAGAUGAUCUUCGGUGAUGACCGGUACUGCACCUUCUGCUUCAUGGAGUGCAGCCUGUUUGUCUUCAUGGUACUUCUCUCAUGUUGGACGUGUAUGAUAUGUUCAUUCAGCUGGCCGACGGGAUAGGUGCUUAGCUGUGCAGCUCUUUGGUGGACGUGGGGACAUUAUUAUUUAUUUUUUUAAGGUGAUUACUUGCUUCUGGCGCAGGUUUUCAGAGUUUUUAACGA